AUGCCACCCGUCGUCGUGGAUUUCACUAAAACCAAAGUGUGUCUCUUUACAAUUAUCUCAAUCAAGCUCCAUUAUCUAUCUAUCUAUCUAUCUAUCUAUCUAUCUAUCUAUCUCUUCAUUCUCUUCACAUCUAUCUAUCUAUCUAUCUAUCUAUCUAUCUAUCUAUCUAUCUAUCUCAGUCCGUAUAAUAUCUAUCUAUCUAUCUAUCUAUCUAUCUAUCUCAGUCUGUUCAGAUCACGCUUUAUUAUCUAUCUAUCUAUCUAUCUAUCUAGUAUUCCAUUCCUAACUAUAUUUAUGUCUUCCCGUUCUUCCUUUAUUUUCUUUUUACGUUUUUCUCUCUCUUCCUUCGAUUACGUCUUGUCUUUCUUUCUUUCUUUCUUUCUUUCUUUCUUUCUUUCUUUCUUUCUUUCUUUCUUUCUUUCGUUUUUAUUUCCGCUCUUUAUUUUCAUUAUAAUCUUCUUUCUUUCUUUCUUUCUUUCUUUCUUUCUUUCUUUCUUUCUUUCUUUCUUUCUUUCAUUCUUUCUUUCUUUCUUUCGUCUUCUUGUUCUUUCUUUUUAUUUAUUUUUUUUAAAAUUUUCCUCUCUCUCUUCGAUUAUAUCUUCUCUUUCUUUCUUUCUUUCUUUCUUUCUUUCUUUCUUUUAUUUUUCUUUUAUUUUUAACAUUAUUUCCCCUAAGGUCUUCUUGUUCUAUCUUUUAUUUAUUUUUACUUUUCAUUCUCACCCUUCGAUUACAUUCUUUCUUUCUUUCUUUCUUUCUUUCUUUCUUUCUUUCUUUCUUUCUUUUUUCCUCUUGUUGUAUAGCUAUUUUUCUCACGUCCAUCUCCUCUUUAUAACUUUGUUGUUUCUUUCCUUUUUCUUCUUCUCGGCAUCUUUUUUCUUUCUUUUCUUUUCAGACUCCCUUUUCUUUUCUUUCCUAUCUCCCUGCUUUUCAAAACAUUUAAAUCCGUCUUUCAAACCUCGUCUUUCUCUUUCUUUUACCUUUCUCGUUGCUUGUCCGUUAAAAAAACUUUUAUUCUCUUCCUCCUCCCAUUUUAUCAACUAUCACUUUUCCCGCCUUUCCUUACAAACUAACAUUAGAAAUAAUCGACUAAAUCUAUCUAUCUAUCUAUCUAUCUAUCUAUCUAUCUAUCUAUCUAUCUAUCUAUCUAGUCAUCCAUAUAGAAACUGGUAUUGCUGUCUCACAGCUCAUCAGUAUUGCUAG